AUGUCUUCACAGACUUCUGAAUCUCAAAUUUCCGGAUUUCAAGAGACCCAGAUUUCAAGGAGUUUUUUCCACAGCUUUGCUUUGGACCCUUGUAUCACCUUUCCUAUCGAAGCAGGGAUGGGAAUUCCUCAACCUCUCGUAAAUGAGUCAAACAUAGCCUCUCAUGAACUUUCUCCAAAUGCCAAUAAACGACACUGCACUUGUAGUAUCCUCCCAAAAUCAUCUCCGCCAAUCAAUCCAACUUUAUCUCCAGAUAGCGGGAAUGACACACUAUCUAUCUUUUCAGCUCUAAGCUCAGAUGAUAUUAGUACUCUACAGGCUGAGCUUGAUGAAGAAGAUCUUGACCACGAGACUCAUUCGAUCCAAUGUGCUUUGCAGGAGGCUAUGCAAGCAUCCAAUUCCAAGAAAGACAAUUAUUCACGCCAUGUUUCAUGUUAUGUGAGCUUCAUUGAAGUGGAACGUGAACGUCGUUCUCAAGAGCAUCCAAAUCGGAAAAGUAAUCUUACCACUGAGCCUAUCACGGUUGCCAAGGGUGCACUGUUUCUUAACUUUGAGACUACACGACCAAAGGUGGAACUGGAACUGUAG